AUGCGGAAUAUCCCUGGUUUACCAAAGGAUAUGCUUACUAUUAACAUACCUCCUACACCGAGGCGCAAUCCAAGACGGAAGACUCGUUAUAGUCAUGGUAAUCGCAAUGGGGAGAGAACUGAUAAUGGCCCUCCCCCACAAACCGAGCAAGCACACGAACCUCUGCCACCAACUACUACAGAGUAUAAGAAUCCGAGCUCUGCCGUGAAGUCUCGUGAACGCGAUUGGGAGCGACUGCGACGAUACUUUGCAUGGUUGCCUAAGCUCGUAAUUCAGAAAACGUUUGACUGUACAACUCAGUUGGCUCGCAUUCCCAUGAGUGCCCACCUUCAACGUCACUACCGUUCACCGUUCCCAGCGCUUAAUGUCAACAGAUGUAAUGAAGGUUUAGCCACCGAUACCGUCUAUGCUGACACGCCAGACAUUGAACAUGGACAUGUGGCAGCCCAGUUCUAUGUGGGACUAUCCUCUCUUGUUAGCGACGUCUAUGGUGUCACUUCGGAUGCUCAAUUUCUCCAGACAUUACAGGACAACGUACGGAAGCGAGGAGCACCAUCCAAACUUGUGAGCGAUCGGGCUCAAGCACAAGUUUCCAAAGCAGUGAAAGACUACCUCCGUUGGCUAUGC